AAUAACAAAUACAUAAUUAUUUCUAAGUGUUGUUUGUCUAAUGAUCUUAUCAUUGAAUCAUCUAAUAAGUUAGUAGCAAAACCAUAAGACUUGGAAGCAAAGAAGAGAAGUCUCAUUUAGUUGAAAACUUAUUUUAAUUCAAAGAGAGAUAUUGAGUGACUUCCACUAAUACAAAGAAACCUUGGUUUGUGCAAUGUUUUGCGGUUAAGCUAUUAAUUGCUGAGGCAACACCUUUUCACCCUAUUGCUUUCAGUCUUCCAAGUUUCAGCCUUUCUAACUCUUUCUGGCAAUCAAACUACAAACUCUCUUGGAUAAUAUUAUAGUUUUCAUUCAAAACUUAUCAUAAUUGUUAUCUGUUGUUACCUACAUUCAUAGCCUUAUCAAAACUAAUAAAGACAAAAGGAUACAAGAGAAUAUAAUUUUUAGUUAGUAUAAAAAAGAGAGUUUUCACCUAAUGAAAUACUUCAAUCAUUUGAGUUAUCUUUAUCCUUAUGAUUAGUGUCUUUAUAUCUGUCAAUAUGCUGCCUCUCCUUCCAACUCCUUUUGGAUUAUUCUCUCCUUCUCUUGCUUUAGACAUUUAUCUUUAUUUAUAAUUUCCAUUUGAGGUAGAACCAUAUCCCUUUUUCAAAUUUUAUUAAUAAAAUAAAAUACAUUGGUAAACGUUUGAACAUGAAAAAAUAUGCACUAGCCGGUAAUUAUGAUGAUGGGCCAAAAUCUAAUUUGAAAACUCUAUGUAACUGAGAGAGUCAAAUGAAAGUAAUAAUUUGAAAAAGAAAAAAAGUCAACAACUUGAAAGCAUUUUAGAAUUGAAGAUAAAGAGGAAGAUAAUGAGUAUGAUGAAUGUGAAAUGAAAUGGGUAGUGAAAGAGAAAGAAGAAGAGGGAAGGGUUGGUUACUGUCAAUGUUGUGUUAAUGCCAAUGGCUUGAAAUGGCGACGGUUGCUUGAGAAUGAGGGAAAAAAAAGAAGUUUAGAGGAGGAGUCUUUGAGAGUAAACAUGACCGCAGGAGAAAACCCUUUUGCAUCAAACACCUCUUCUCUUCAAAACCAGCUUAGAGAAAAGGACAAGGAGCUAUUGGCUGCUAAGGCUGAAAUUGAGGCUUUGAGAACAAAUGAAGAGCUCAAGAACAGAGAAUUUGGGGAGCUCAGGGAAAACGUGAGGAAGUUGGAGGAGAGACUAGGAGUCUCUAAGAAUCUUGUUGUACAAAAGGAGGUAGAGAUGAAGAAGCUAGAAGAGGAGAAGGAAGAUGCAUUAGCGGCACAGGACGCCGCAGAGGAAGCACUGAGGAGGGUUUACACGCACCAACAGGAAGAUGAUCCUCUACCCCUUGAAUCAGUUAUUGCUCCUCUUGAAGCUCAGAUCAAGUUUCAAAAGCAUCAGAUCUCUGCGCUUCAAGAAGACAAGAAAGCGUUGGAACGGCUGACAAAAUCAAAAGAAUCAGCGCUUCUUGAAGCAGAGAGAAUCUUGAAAAGUGCACUUGAACGUGCUUUGAUUGUUGAGGAGGUUCAAAACCACAACUUUGAACUUCGACGACAGAUUGAGAUCUGCCAGGAAGAGUACAAGUUUCUUGAGAAAAUAAACCGGCAGAAAGUGUUGGAGAUUGAGAAGCUCUCUCAAACCAUUGGAGAGUUAGAGGAAGCAAUCUUGGCAGGAGGAACAGCUGCAAAUGCAGUUCGAGACUAUCGUCGCCAAAUCUCUCAGCUCAAUGAAGAGAAGAGAACCUUGGAGAGAGAGCUAUCCAGAGUCAAAGUGUCAGCAAGUAGAGUGGCUCUUGCGGUUGCUAACGAGUGGAAAGAUGAGAAUGAUAGAGUUAUGCCUGUUAAGCAAUGGCUUGAAGAGAGAAGGCUUCUCCAUGGAGAAAUGCAGAAACUGAAAGAUAAACUGGCUGUUUCAGAGAGAACAGCUAAGGCUGAAUCACAGCUAAAGGAGAGGUUGAAGCUGAGACUGAAAACCAUAGAAGAUGGCUUGAAGAGUCCAAACAUGUUUACUGUCUCUCCAACAACUACAAAAGCUGAAAAGUCUGGCAAGAUUUUAGGAUUCUUGACUAGUGGUGUUGGUGGAUCAAAGAAAAGAUCUACUUCUCAGCCAAGAGGCUCACUUACAGGUAGAAUCCAUGCUCUAAAUCAGCCGAUCAACAGAGGUGAAGAAAGAGAUGGAAAAGAGAACUCAAAGGUUACAUCAAACGGAUUAACUAAUGUGGAUGAAGAAGAAGAACAAAGGAAAGCUGAGGCAGAUGGAAAUGAAGAUAUGGUGUCAGGGUUCUUGUAUGACAGGCUUCAGAAGGAAGUAAUUUCUCUAAGGAAAAUCUGUGAGAGUAAAGAGGGUACUAUAAAUGCCAAAAAUGAGGAAAUCAAGAUGUUGUUGAAGAAGGUGGAUGCUCUAACGAAAGCAAUUGAAGUGGAGACAAAGAAGGCAAAGAGGGAAGCUGCGGCGAGAGAAAAGGAGAACGCAUUGGCGAUCUUGAAUGAAGGGUCAAAACGAUGCAGAAAGGCAAACUUACCGAGAAGCCGCGUACACAAGUCAUGUUGAAUAUCAUGUCCAGUAGAGGAACAAGAUGCUUAUGAGAAUGAAGAUAUCAAAAGAAUAUGGUCUUAACUUCGGUGUACAUACUAAAAGAAAAUGAAACUGAAGCUUUAAUGAAAGAAGAGAUGUGUGCGUUUGUUAUCUCGUUUGGAUUGUAAAUUAUGUUUUUAGAUACUGAAGCAAUACUACUUAUCUCUCUUCUCCUA